AUGGAGCUCAGUCAACUUCCUCUUGUGUUCUUGCUGAUUUCAAUCAUCCACUCUGGACAAACUGAAGAAAGACCAAAACCCAAAGUGACCAUUAAACCUGCUCAACAUGUGUUCAGAGGAGAGAAAGUCACUCUCAGAUGUGACAUAUAUGAUGAAGGAGUCACUAGCUGGAGCUACAGAUGGUAUAAAGAAGGUUUAAGCAGUGUUUUGAGUGAUGAACAGGAACACACAUUCAGUUCUGUUACUGAGUCUGACGCAGGUAAAUACUCCUGUUAUGGAUUUAAAGGAUCACGCUGGUCUCACCACAGUGAUGCAGUUACGCUGACAGUAUCAGGUGUUUCUAAACCAGCUCUGACUGUUGAGCCUCAGAGUUCAGUGUUCACUGGAGACUCAGUUACUCUGAGAUGUGAGGGGAUUCAGUCACAGAAUGGAUGGGAGUUUCUCUGGAGAAAAGACUCAAACCGUGAAUCUACUGGAGCUGCAACUAAAACAAUCAAUCCUGUGACAGUCUCUGAUGGAGGAGAGUACAGCUGCAGAGCACGAAGAGGAAGAUAUUACACAGAUUACACAGAUUACAGUAAACCAGCAGCAGUAACAAUACACGGCAAACCAAAACCCAAAGUGACCAUUAAACCUCUACAUGUGUUCAGAGGAGAGACAGUCACUCUCAGAUGUGACAUAUAUGCUGAAGGAGUCACUAGCUGGAGCUACAGCUGGUAUAAAGAUAAUUCAAGUGUUUUCAGUGAUGGACAGGAACACACAUUCAGUUCUGUUACUGAGUCUGACGCAGGUGAAUACUCCUGUAAAGGAUCAGAGACAGAAGGAUCACGCUGGUCACAAACGAGUGAUAAAGUUACACUGACAGUAUCAGAUCCCAGAGCAGUUUUAAGUGUUUCUCCUCAGAAGUGGUUGACUGAAGGAGAUCCAGUGACUCUGAUCUGUGAGGUUCACAGCUUCUCUACAGGCUGGACAUUCAGCUGGUUCACUUUAACUGACUCAGCAGAGAACAGGCAUCAGUAUAAUCUGCUCUCAGACAGCAGCAGAGGAGCAGGAGGAAACUACACUGUCAGUUCUGCUGUAAAUCACACAGGAGUUUAUGUGUGCAGCGCAGAGAGAGAGAAACCAGUCUAUAAAACACAGCACAGCAACACACAGCAGCUGUGGGUCACUGGUGUUUCUCCUCCAGUCUCUCUGAUCGUCAGUCCCAGCAGAACUCAACACUUCACAUCUGUCUCUCUCUCUCUGAGCUGUGAGGACCAGAGUAACUCUACUGGAUGGAGAGUGAGAAGAUACACAGACAGUGGACGACUGGAAGAUUGUUCUUCAUUACGUCGAGGAUCACAAACAGGAUCUACAUGUACAAUCAGCUUCACCUAUGCAUCACACACUGGAGUGUACUGGUGUCAGUCUGAAUCUGGAGAGAAACAUCAUCCUGUUAAUAUCACUGUACACUCUGGUGUGAUUCUGGAGAGUCCUGUUCAUCCUGUGACUGAAGGAGAUCAUCUGACUCUACGCUGUUUAUAUCGACACACAACCGCUCCAAACCUCAGAGCUGAUUUCUAUAAAGAUGGAUCACUCAUCCAGAAUCAAACUACAGAGAUGAGCAUCACUACUGUCUCAAAGUCACAUGAGGGUUUCUACUCCUGCAAACACCCAGAGAGAGGAGCGUCACCCGAGAGCUGGAUCUCAGUCAGAGCUCCCACAGACACAAGAUCUGAUGGUCUCAAACCCAUGAUAAUUGGAGUCACUGCAGGACUGACUCUCACAGUUUUCAUCAUUGUCUUGCUCCUGCUGUGGCGCUACAGAAACAAAGGUGGCAGAUCUCAGUCUCCCUCUUCUGUCAGUCAACAGCAGAUCAGCAGUCAGACAUCAGACCAGAACCAGAGUGAAGCCGGACACAACUCACUGCUGUCUGGAACUGAUCAUAUUUAUGACUCUGUUGAUGCAACUGUUAAUAAUGACCGUGUUAGUGAGCUUACUGAACUCACCUAUGCUGAGAUUGAACUGAAAUCUACAACAAAACAGAAGAAAAAGAAAGAAAAUAAAGAGAAUGAAACGGAGAGUUCUGACUGCUUUUACUCUAAACUCAUGCUGCAAACAGAUCAAGGUGCUGGAUCUAGUGAUGUGACGUAUGCUCAGGUUAAAUACAAAUAUGGCACGAGAAGAAACUUUCAAUCCCAGGAUACUGAUGAGAUUCUGCUGAGAAGGGCUGAAAAUGACACGAUCAUCAAUGAUUAAUAAUACGCUUUAUUGAGCACCUGAUGGCAAUAGAUUUAUCAGCACUUAAUAUCAGUGAUUCAAACCGUCAUGUGCGUCAGAAAGAAAAUGAGAAUGGUUUUGGUUUAGUACUGCAGUGUGUAUUGUAAGUCAAAAAGGUUGUGGAAAUAUUAAGGAAUUGUAAUAUUGUGAUUAUCCAGCAAUAACAAACAACUGAAAAAAAAUUAAAUAAAAUAAAUCCAUAGAAAUAGAUUAGUCAAAAUGUUAUAGCUUGCUUGUUUUGUCUUAUCCUAUUUAUGUUUUAUCAUAUUUUAAUUAAAAAAAGUGUUUGAGUGUAUAAGAAGAUUUGGAGUCAGUAAGAUUUUUAAAAAAUUAUUUAUUAUUAUUAUUAUUAUUUUGAAAUAAAAUAAUACUUUUGUUCAGCAAGGAAGCUUUAAAUUGAUCAGAAGGACACUUAUAAUGUUUAAAAAAAAGAAUCUUGAGAAAAAAAGUAUCAUGUUUCCACAGAAAUAUGAAGCAGCACAAACUGUUUUCCGCAGUGAUUAUAACAAGAAAUGUUUCUUAUUCAGAAAUAUUAGAACGAUAUUCAGCAUAUUACAAUGAUUUCUGAAGGAUCAUGUGACGCUGAAGACUGAAAAAUGAGAUUUGAUCUCAGGAAUAAAUUACAUGUUUUUAAAUAUAUUCAAAUAGAAAACAGUUAUUUUAAAUUUUAGUAAUAUUUCACAAUAUAAUACUAUUUUUACUGUAUCUGGUCAAAUAAAUACAGCCUCGGUGAGCAGAAGAGACUUCCUAAUAAAAAAUUAAUAAAAAAUACUAACCCCAAACUUUUGAAUGGCUGUAUUUGAACUUAUUUUUGUAAUUUUACUUAAAUAUUUUUUUGCUAAGAUAAAUAAUACCAAACAUUGCAUAUAUUCUCAGUUAUGUAUUAUUAUAAUUUCCAACUGUAUGUUUUCAUUCCAGACAGAUAUAAUUGUUAGGUUUUUAGGGUGCAGUGUGAGCAUGAAGACUUUGGUCGUCAUAGAAACGAUGCUGACGUUCGCGUUUACUGUUCAACAAAUAACAUCCCUGAACAAACCUAAUGUGCAAUUUAAACAUAUUAAACUAACGAUUUUUCAUAAAUAUUACUUCUGUAUUGUUUAUUAUAUUUGAGAAUAUUA